AUGGUGCACGACCGCGCUGCCGGGACCUCGGCCCCCCGCAGGCCCGAGCCCCGAACCCUAGCCUCCAUGCGCGCCAGGGGCCCUCCGCCUCCCCCGCCGAUUCCGCCCUCGCCGCGGAUGUACCUCCGGGGGCCUCCCCCGCUCCCGCCUCCCGGGACCAUCCCGCCGCGCCCGAUCAUCAUCCGCCUCGAUCCCGCCACCGCGCAGCGGAUGGACAUGCUCCGGAGCGUCUCUCUCAUCAAGUUCCUUAGGGAGGAUGCGAGGGUUGUGCCCUCGGAGGAGGAGGAGCAGAGGAGGGAAAUGGUGGUAAGCGAGCUCGAGAAGAUAGUGAUGGAUUGGGCGAAGCAGGUGGCGUUCGAUCAGGGGGAACAACAUUGGAUCACAACAGCCACGGUGUUGACCUUUGGCUCCUAUGCUUUGGGGGUAUAUGGACCUGAAUCUGAUAUUGAUGCAGUCUGUGUUGGCCCUUGCAUUGCAUCACUACAACAUCAUUUUUUCGUUGUCCUGAGACAAAUGCUUGAAGCAAGGCCAGAAGUAUCAGACUUGCAUUCUAUCGAAAGUGCCAGGGUUCCGUUGAUGCGCUUUAAAUUCAACGGCGUGUCAGUUGAUUUUCCGUAUGUCCAGCUGCCAGUUAUCAAUGCUGCAGAGGCCAUACAUGCAUUUGAUCCCCGUUUGCUUGAGAAAGUUGAUGGGGCAAGCUGGAGAUGUCUAUCUGGAGUUCGUGUUAAUAGAGAAAUCAUGCAAUUUGUUCCAAAUAUGAAGAAGUUUCAAGUUCUGCUGCGGUGCCUUAAACUCUGGGCAAGAAGAAGAGGGAUUCAUUGUCAUCUAGUUGGUUUCUUUGCUGGAAUUCAUUUGGCGGUUCUCGGAGCAUAUGUUUGCUGCAGACAUCCAAAUGCUAGUGUCAAUGCUUUGUUAUCUCUGUUCUUUGAGAUAUUUUCUCACUGGCCUUGGCCUCUUCCAGUGAGUUUGCAUGAUCAGACACCUCUUUGGAGUCCUGACGGGUGCUCCCUCAUGCCUAUAGUGAUGCCCUGCUUUCCACCAGAAUUUUGUGCCUCUAGUGUAACAAAAAGCACUUUCAAGAAAAUUGAAGAUGAACUUAGGCGAGGGUUCGCUUUGACCAAGGAUAUAAGGAAUAUUGAUAUCGACUGGUCUUGGAUUUUUGCACCAUAUCCAUAUGGUGAAAGAUAUGAGCAUUUUCUUCGCAUAGUUCUCUCAGCUCCAACAACUGAAGAGUUACGUGAUUGGGUUGGAUGGGUCAAAUCACGAUUCCGCAAUCUUAUUCUCAAGCUGGAAAGCCUUAAUGUUGGUUGUGACCCAGAUCCCUCAGAGCAAGUGGAUCAUACCAUCGCUGAGCCAAAUGUUGUAUUCUUGUGGGGUCUCAUGUAUAGGAAUACUCAGAUCUGUACAAGUUCUCUCAAAAAGGACUUCAUGAAAAGUGUCAUCAACAACAUCUAUGGAAAGGAAAAGUGUGCCCAUUCAGACAUAACAAUGUCUAUUGUCAGUACGCUUCAGCCGCUUAAAAGCUUGCCUGAUCAGUCGGUUCACUCACAGAAACUGCUGAAUCUGCCAUCAUUAAUGCUGGGUUUCCGACAGAUGAAUCUGGGCUACCAACCGAUGAAGCAGGACUGCAAUGCAGUUGGUUAAGUCUCCGGUUUCAUAUUGACCUUGUUCUUCACCUGUGGAUAUCCAGAUGAGAAUAGUUAGAAACCUAAUUUCCUUGGCUUUUGGAGGGUGUUUGCAACAUCAGAUAGAAUAUCCGGCGGUUCUUGCGGAGCUGGGGGCCUGGGGCUUCUUCAUUCCUUGGUGUGGAAGUGUUUUUGUUCGAGCUGGCUGCUGAGAGAUGGAUCUUUUUCCCCUAAAGCUUCCAGGGGGAAGUAUAUGUUCAUUCAAGCGGAUAAUUCAUGUUCUUAGGCUUGUGCAGGUACAUGUACACAGCAUAGAGACUGGUAUACAAGUGACAGAGGUAUAGCGGUAUAGAAGUGUAUGUAGAACUGUAGUUGUAAUGUUUCGUACCCAGCAGCAGAAUGUGUAAAUUGCCUUUUAUGGUCAGAGCUGCUUGCUGGGUACAAUUGCGGGGUUUGAUAAGUGUUGUGGAUAGCCUGCUAUGCUAUCCAUUUUUACUGUUGUAGUCUGCAGAAAACUGCUGCAUGUACUGCUGUUCAAGAGUUCUUAUCUAGUGAACCAUCCGGAUGAAUGAAAAAUGUUGUUGUUGUUCUCAA